UAUGGGUGGUGUUUGUACGCGUCUGUUUCAACUCCCAGCCUGACAGAAUUUUUUUUUUUUUUUUUUUGUGUAACCACGCCUACACAGUGGCUGCCAAGGCUUACCCAUGAGUUAAAUCUUCUUUAGUUGGAAAUGAGGAAGGCGUGACCUCUAGCAGUGGACACCCAGAAGGCAGCAGUGGGUGAAAACAAGCAAAAUAAAGAAAAGUUUGGCUGUGAGAAGGUGCUAGACAGCCAGCCAUAGUGACAAGGAGGCACCACCACCAUCACCACCACAGGGAAGGAGUUGCCGAUCCAAGGGCCUGGCUCAGGAGUGAUCCUGUGCCACCUGUACCAUCAAGAUCAAGAUCAAUCUGGCAACUCUGCCACGAGCUUCAAAGUUUGUUGGAUGUAGUGGAUAGCUAUGGUAAAGACUUUGGAGUAAGGUUUAGUAGUGAGAAAAGCAAAUUAAUGAUUGUGAAUAGGUCAGAGGAUGAAAGUAAUGUGGUAUGGAGACUUGGAGAGAAUGAGUUGAGACAGGUGCAAGAAUACAAGUACUUAGGGAUGUGGAUGAGUCCUAGUGGGUGUGCAAAGGCAAAGAAUGAAAAAAUAAGUAUGGUAAACCAGUGGGUAGGUCGACUGGGAAGCACGGCAAGGAUGAGAGCAAGUAAGUAUGAUGUGUUGAGAGAAGUGUGGAAGAAUGUGGCUGUGCCAUGUAUAAUGCAUGGUAUGGAUGUGAUUGCAUGGAAUGAAAGUGAAAUUGAUAAGUUAGAAGUGGGCCAGAAUAGAGUAGCAAGGAUGGCACUGAGUGCACCGAGGUGCACAGCAGUUGAAGCCUUGAGAGGUGACAUGGGAUGGAGCACCUUUAGAGAAAGACUUACAAAAGCUACACUUAGGUACAAGAUUAGGCUUGAGAGAAUGGAUGAUGCAAGAAUAGCAAGGAAGGUGUACCUGUGGAAUGAAAGUGGAAGCAAACGGAGGAAGAGAUGCAUGAGAAUGACAGACAGGAAUGGAUUGCAAGUUGUGUGGGCGAUAAGAAUGGCUGGUAGGAAUCAAAAUGAGCGUGAAUGGGUGGUAACAAGAGGAGGCAGAGUGGGAGCCGAAUGGGAUGUGAGAAAAUGGAAGAAUGAGAUAGACAAAGAAGUGAAAUGUGUGGGACUGAAUGAAUGGAAGAAUGAAAUGGAAAGAAAGAAGACCCUGGAAUGGUACAAGGAGAAAGAGGCCCCGAGGUAUGAAAGGUGGUAUGAUGGAAGCCUGGGCGGUGAUCUUCUCUUCCGAGCGAGGGCACAGUGUAUGGAUGUGAAUGCAAGGAGUUACAGGUGGUCUGAGUCCCGCAGCAAAGUGUGCCAGAUGUGUGACAUGGGAGAGGAUGAGACGGUGGAACAUGUGGUGCUAGAGUGUAUGAAGUAUGCCAGAGACAGGAAUGAGAUGAUGCAAGUGAUACUGACUGAGUUAGGGCAUGAUAGGAAUGAAAGAGUGGAGAAGACAGGAAAGGAAUGGAUGGUGUCGUUGCUGGGACUGUGUAGAGAGGCGAAUGAAAGGAUGAUUGAGGCGGUAAAAGAGUUUCUGGAGAGAAUGUGGCGUGCCAGGUGUAUGGACAAUUAGGAUAGAGGAUGCUGUUCGUUUCUCUUUUUUUUCCCUUUGUACAGGAGUUGCCGAUCUAAAGGCCUGGCUCAGGAGUGAUCCUAUGCCACCUGUACCAUCAAGAUCAAGAUCAAGACGGUGAAUGGUAGUGAGCGGCACACCUAACCCCUGAGUAACGAGAUUUUCGUGUGUUUUCUGUGUACCCACGCCUACCAAGUACUCAUCAGGGUUCCCAUAUGACUUAAACCUUCCCUGGUGGGUGAUACAGAAGGCGUAGACACUGCCACAGACUCCCGGGAUGAAAGAGUGAAAUACCAGCUGACCCGUGACGAAGGAAGGUGAGUGGUCACAGGGUCAUGGCAACCUUCCUUUGACAACUUACUUCCUGCUAACACUUGAUUUGGGGCUUCGGAAAACAAGGGUAUCAGUCAGCUUUGUACCUGCGCCGUCCACGAGUGCCCUCACCAGUCUGUCAUUGCAUGUUGUCAGGGAAGCAAGAACGUGGAGGCUAGAGUAACAGGAGAACGAGCAAUCCCCACACUGCUGUACGGGUUGGAGAGUGAGAGAGUGGAGAAGGAGCUGAUCAGAAGGGCUGUGGAAGUGGAAGGGUGCCCUGUCCGAGUCCUGCCUGUUGUUAUUAUGACCUGUGAGGUGGCCAUCAGGGAUGUGAGGAGUGUCCAGCAACAUGCCUGGAGAUAGUUGUGUGUGGACAAGGGACACAGACUCAAGAACCACAAGUUUAGGCUGACCAAGUCCCUGAACAUCUUUCCCACCAUGAACCGGCUGCUGCUGACUGGGACACCCUUGCAGAACAGCCUGGCAGAGCUAUGGGGCCUUCUGAACUUCCUGAUGCUGGAUAUUUUUUAUUCCCUUGGUGUCCUGGUUUGAUGUGGAGGAGAUGCAGGAGGAGGGAAGUGACGAGAGGAUUCUGAGGCAGGAACAGGAGGGCCAGGUCAUCUCCACUGUAUAAUGAAGGUGCCAGCUGGCUUUCAUGGCCUCAAGAGGAGGAUGGUGGGGCAGAAGCCAAGACCUCAACUGUUGGGUGUGGUGACUGGAAAGGUGCCCAGUGAAGUGCAUCUCCUGGGCCUCAGACAUCGGCGUGCCGAGCGGUACACACCGGAGGCGGACCUGUGUCACCGCUGCAGUUGCCGGGGCCACAAGGAGUGGCGUUGCCAGUCUGCUCCUCGGUGUAGGUACUGUGCUGGUUCCCACAAGUCGGUGCAGUGCCUGGACAAGAUCAAGGAGGGCACCAAGAUCCCUGCUCGCUGCUGCAACUGUGGGGGUGAUCACAACGUCCACUCCACCCUCUGCACUGUCAGGCCUCGGCCCCACAGGGAGCCUGCCACUGAUGAGGUGACUCGGCCCAGAAUCGUGUUCCGCCAGGCUCCACCUCCUCAGACCAACCAGUGCUUGGAUGAAUAGGCCUUCAUUCUUGUCUACUGCCCCUCACCUGCCCCAGCCUUCCUGCUCCACCACUGGCACUUCCGCCACACCUGCCGUGUUCCCGCCUCUGCCGCAGCACACUGCUACAGUGCCCUCUGCACCUGCCACAACAGUGCUCCAGCUUGGGUUCACUCAGGAGCUGCCUACCACAGUUUAGGGGUGUUUUGAAAAUUGACACAAAUGUAGAGAGAUGAGACAGAAGCAGGAACACCACCACCACCACCACCACCACCAGCACUUCCACCACCACCGCCACAAGCACCAGGACAGUGGAAGAAAUGGUAGAGACAAGUGGUGAAGGUUGAAAAAGGUGAGCCAGCACUUCUCUGAGGAGUUCCGGCCAGAGCAACAAGUGUCCUUUGAUGACAUCAUCCCCCUGUUCUGCCAAGACCAACCAGGCAUCUGUGUUCCACCUCAAGGAGUGGCUACGCAUGUUCCUGGACCUGUACCAAGACUUGAAGGACCAACAGGCAGCAAAGGAGGGGAAGGCCCUUCAGAGGAUCCAUGGCCUGCUUCAGGAGGUGCAGGCGUGCAGACCCUGCGCCUGGUGUGAGCAGGAGAGGCUGUCAUGACAUAUGAACUGUAAAUGUGUACAGAUAAAGUGUGUCAUUUCAAACCAGGGUGUUCCAUUUGUAUCACCUCUCCUGGAAAGUUCUAAUCCUGUCACUCUCCUCCCACCCCUAGCAUGUAACCACUAAACAUUCAGCACAUUGACACACCUCUCCUGGCAGGUUCUGAUCCUCUCACUAUUGUCAGAAAUUUCUGGACCAAUGAAGGGGUGGUAGUGUUCAGGAUUGUGUUGUUUAUUAGCUUUCACACAAGACAACUCUGUUCAUUCAUGUACCUUAUAAACUAUAACAUUGCAGAAAUUUUAUUGUUUAUAUAAGGCUGUGGACAAAUAGAAAAGAAAUUUGAGGUCUUCAGUGAUGAGUAAGUAGUGAUGUUCAGGGUUAUUUGUUAUUUGUGUUGAUGUGAGACAAGUGCGUUCAUUCAUUCACCUUACAGAAAAGCACACUGCAGAAAUUUUAUUGCCUAUAGAAGUUAUCUAUGUAUCUGUCUUUCUAUAGACCAGGCUGGCAGUCCCAUACAGGGUGGCCUAGACAAAAUACUGCAUGCUCAUACACACAUCCUUCAAAGUCUUAGUUCUGGACAGAUAAAGAAUUGUAGGAUACUAAGUGAUGGAGGAGUGGUAAUCAGGGCUGUGCUGACAUGAAGACAAUUGUGUUUGUUCCUGCAUCUUACGGAACACCACAUAGCAGAAAUUUUGUUGCUAAAAGAAGUCAUGUGGACAGAUAGAAUAUAAAAUUUAGGAUAGGUCUGAAGGAGAGAUGGUAUUCAAGGUUGUGUUGAUAUAACGCUGCGUUUACACCGAGCGAGUCGCGUCGAGUCGCAUCAAGUCAUUUGAAGCGAUUCAUUUCGACAUAUCUCCGUUUACACCGAAUGCGUCAACCCGAGUCAAGUCACUACACAGUGACCCAUUUGAUUUCAGGGAGAAUGGACGCAUAUUCUCUUGCUGUAGUAACUGCAUUGCUCUGGCUUCGUCGUCGCAGACGUAAAAAUAAAACUCGAAUCUGGAUGCAUCAUCUGAACACCAGGAGGCCAGAUUUCGGUAGCUUCAGUCAUUUAUUCCCAGACCUGUUAAACCAUCCAGAAAAAUUCUACAACUUUUUUAGGAUGACAUGAAAACUUCAAGAAGCUGGUGGAGUUGGUUGGACCUUCCAUUAGGAAAAUCAACACUAACUACAGGCGUGCAAUAGGAACGGAAGAAAGAAUGGCCAUUUUUUUAAGGUAAGAGGUAUUUUUAUUGAACAUUACAAAAAUCAUUACACGUACGGCAAUAGUAAAUUAGUGAGCUGAUGGCAGUAAUGCAUUCCUGAUGGUGAGUGAAACAUGAUCAUCUAAAUUACUUCUCGGAGGUUAAAAAACUGUUCAUUAUUCUCUACGUAGUUGUCACUUGCAUGGGAUGUACCUGGUGACGGUGUUGGUGUAUGUGAUUGAUUAUGUUCAGUCCAGUACCCAUACUGGACAGAGGGUGCGGGCUUGAACAUCUUCCUACGAAAGGCUUCAUAUAUUUCAUAUAUUACAUACUUGCAUAUAUUACAUACUUACAUACUUGCAGACACCACGGCAGACUCGCUGUGACUGACGUCAAAAAUAGGCCCAGCCCUAUAUGUGACUCGACGUGACGCGACGCGAGAGGACGUGAUGUGACUCGAAGCAUCCGGUGUAAACGGUUUCGUUCAGAAACCCAAACAAAUCAAUGUUAUAGCUGGGGUGGCGAUUCAUGAUGCGUCAUGAAUCAUCUUGACUUGACGUGACUCGACUCGACGCGACUCGCUCGGUGUAAACGCAGCGUAAGACAACUCUGUUCAUUCAUUCAACAACUGUACAAGAAAAGCAGAACAGCAUAUUACAGAAAUUCUAUUGCUUGUAGAAGACAGUUGUAGACAAAAAAAAUUUGGAUGCUAAGUAAUGGAGUGGUGAUGGCCUUGAUGUCCAGUGUUGUGUUGACAUAAUUACAGAGAAGACUGAAAACGGCGCAUUGCAGAAAUUUGUUGACAAAUAGAAAAGAGAUUUAGAGUAGUUAGUGAUGUAGUGGUGGUAGUCAGGGCUAUUUGACAUAAGGCAACUGUUGACUUAAGCAACAAUCUUACAGAGAACAGCACUUUGCAGAAAUAUUGUUACUUAUAGACAGUUGUGGAUAGAUAAAAAUAAAAAGGAUACUAAGUGAUGAAGGAGUGGUGGUCAGUGUUGUGACAAGAUAAUUCUCUUCAUCGAUGCAGCAACCUUGCUGGGAACACAGCAUAUUGCAGAAAUUUUGUCGGGUAUAAAAAACAGUUAUAGACUUAGAAAACAAAUUUGCAGUACUAAGCGAUGAAGGUGUGGUAAUGUUUAACAUUACAUUGUGAUAUGUGUUGACAAGCUGAUUCUGUUCAUUCAUGCAACAUCCUUACCAAGAAAAUGGAACAGCUUAAUACAGAAAUUUAGCAUAUAAGUCAGCACACUGAAGACAAGACCACCACCACCACCACCACCACCACCACAGCAAGAUUAACAAGAAGCACUUGAAGAAAGAAAUGGGUAACAAAACAAUGUGGAGGCAGGUUAAUGUAGUACUAGGAAUGUAGUUAGGAAUAGCUUGGAAUAGUCCAUGGUUUCACAUGUUCUGCUUUUUCCACCACAGGAUGCAACCAUGUGCUUAUAAUUACAUUUUUAUUUUUUUGUUUUC